GGAAUCUCGCCCUGAGUCGGCUGCGUGUGGGAGCGUGCUGCGUGGCCGCGGCGCGUGGCUUGUGGCUGGGCAGCGCGGGGUCGUGCGGCGGGUGCUCGCACCCCUCCCACCCGAGGCCCCAACGCGGGCCGGCAUGUUCGUCCUGGUGGAGAUGGUGGACACUGUGCGGAUCCCCCCGUGGCAGUUUGAAAGGAAGCUCAACGACUCCAUUGCGGAGGAGCUGAACAAAAAGUUGGCCAACAAGGUCGUGUACAACGUGGGGCUCUGCAUCUGUCUGUUCGACAUCACCAAGCUGGAGGACGCCUACGUGUUCCCAGGGGAUGGCGCGUCGCACACCAAAGUCCAUUUUCGCUACGUGGUGUUCCAUCCCUUCCUGGAUGAGAUUCUGAUUGGCAAGAUCAAAGGCUGCAGCCCGGAGGGAGUGCACGUCUCUCUAGGGUUCUUCGAUGACAUCCUCAUUCCCCCUGAGUCGCUGCAGCAGCCGGCCAAGUUCGACGAGGCCGAGCAGGUGUGGGUGUGGGAGUACGAGACGGAGGAGGGGGCGCACGACUUGUACAUGGACACCGGCGAGGAGAUCCGCUUCCGGGUGGUGGACGAGAGCUUCGUGGACACGUCCCCCACGGGGCCCAGCUCGGCCGAGGCCGCGUCGUCCAGCGAGGAGCUGCCAAAGAAGGAGGCUCCGUACACGCUUGUGGGAUCCAUCAGUGAGCCGGGCCUGGGCCUUCUCUCCUGGUGGACCAGCAGCUAGCGGUGAGGACGGCAGCUGCUCCCACAGGUGCCGAGCAGCAGAGUGUGCGCCCCGCCAGCCUGGCCCCGUCCCUGCUGGAGCUGCCCCCAAACUCCCACUGUCUCUCUGGACCUCUGCCUCUUGGCAACAGCACAGACUUUUAAUAAACAGAUGGUAUCGUCAGGGAA